UUCUUGAAACUUUCUGGUGGAGAUAGGGUUUGGAGAGUAAAAAACUGUGCUGAAGAGAGUCAAUAAUCAAGGUAUUAAUGCUUGAAACACAGAUGCCCAGUGAGCCUGGAUAAUUCACAGAGAAAAUGGAAGUGUGAUGGUGGUGUGCUUUUAAACAAGGAGGCUUGGCUUCAGGGCUGGCAAGGAGCAAGGCAGCUGCCAUGAGGAGAAAGAGAAGUUCCCUGUGAUCCAAAGGAAAGCGGAGCUGCAGCGCAAGGGCAGCUGAAACAUUGGAGAGUUUGCUCUGCACCUGAAAGAUGCUCAUGCAUACUGGGGACCAGCAGGCACCUUUAGAAGUUUUGCUCCACAACAGGAAAUCUGAAAAAAUGGGAUUUUUACAUCUCUCCAGCCAGCACUGAAACCGAAUGGGGAUUGAAUUGCUUUGCCUCUGUUUCCUGUUUCUGCACAGAAAUAACUAUGUGCAAGGGACAUGUUCUCAGGAAAGUGCAGUGACUUGUGAAGAUUGUUUGCUUUCCGGACCACACUGUGCUUGGUGUUCUCAAGAGAAUUACACAGACUCAGUUGGAACUCACGGGAGGUGUGAUACCCCAGAAAACCUUUUGUCAAAAGGAUGCCAGUUGAAUUCGAUUGAAUUUCCCUUUUCAGAAGUAGAAAUUCACAGAAAUAAGCCCCUAACUGUAGCGUCCCAGAAGACAAAUUCUGAUGUUACACAGAUAUCUCCUCAAAAACUAACUCUCAGGCUUCGACCAGGACAUGAAGAAACAAUACAGAUCAAGGUUCGGCAAACUGAAGAUUAUCCAAUUGAUCUAUAUUACCUCAUGGAUCUUUCAGCCUCCAUGGAUGAUGAUCUGAAUACAAUCAAAGAAUUGGGCUCAACUCUCUCUAAAGAAAUGUCAAAACUGACAAGCAACUUCAGACUGGGCUUUGGAUCUUUUGUUGAAAAACCAGUUUCACCAUUUAUCAAAACUACAGCUGCAGAAAUAAGCAACCCUUGCAGAAGUGUUCCGUACGAUUGCUUACCCACCUUUGGAUACAAACAUGUUUUGCCACUAACAAAUGAUGCUGAAAAAUUCAAUGAAAUUGUGAAAAGACAGCGGAUCUCUGCUAAUAUAGACACUCCAGAGGGAGGUUUCGAUGCAAUUAUGCAGGCAGCAGUUUGCAAGGAAAAAAUUGGAUGGAGGAAUGAUUCUCUACAUUUGCUGGUGUUUGUGAGCGAUGCUGAUUCCCAUUUUGGGAUGGACAGCAAACUGGCAGGGAUUGUUAUUCCUAAUGAUGGGAACUGUCAUUUGGACCACAAUAAUGAAUACUCCAUGUCAACUGUUCUGGAGUAUCCCACAAUCGGACAAUUAAUUGACAAACUUGUGCAAAACAAUGUUUUAUUAAUUUUUGCUGUAACAAAUGAGCAAGUUCACAUAUACGAGAACUAUGCAAAGCUUAUUCCUGGAGCUACUGUUGGACAAUUACAGAAGGAUUCUGGAAAUAUUCUCCAGUUGAUCGUUGCUGCAUAUCAGGAGCUGAGGUCCGAGGUGGAGCUGGAGAUCCUGGGAGAGACAGAAGGUCUCAAUCUCUCUUUCACAGCCAUCUGUAACAAUGGGACCUUUUUUCCACAUCAGAGGAAAUGUUCUCAUGUAAAAGUGGGAGACACAGUCUCUUUCAACUUGACUGUAAGUCUCUCCUCUUGUGAAAAAAACAGAAGGCAUAUUGUGAUAAAACCAGUGGGGCUCAGUGACAUGCUGGAAAUGGAGAUUGAUCCCCAGUGCGGCUGUAGCUGUCAGGCAAAGGCUGAGAUGAACAGCCCAAAAUGCAACAACGGGAAAGGAUCGUUUGAGUGCGGGGUGUGCAUCUGCAGCCCAGGGUACGUGGGGCCACACUGUGAAUGUGACGAGAGCUCCCUCAACACCAGCUCCUGCAAGGGCUCAGCAGAGCAGAGCUCCUGCAGCGGGAGAGGUGACUGCUACUGCGGGCAGUGCGUCUGCCACCUCUCCCUGUAUGGAAAGGUGUAUGGGCCACGCUGUGAAUGUGAUGACUUCUCAUGUGUGAGACACAGAGGGCUCCAGUGUGCAGGUAAUGGUGACUGUGACUGUGGGGAAUGCAUGUGCCACAGUGGAUGGACUGGUGAAUACUGUAAUUGCACAACUGACACUAGAGCCUGCAUUGCUGAGGAUGGGACACUGUGCAAUGGGAGAGGCGAAUGUGUCUGUGGGUCUUGUGCUUGCACCCAUCCAGGAGCUUCAGGCCAGACUUGUGAAAAAUGUCCUCUCUGCGGUGACCCUUGCAGUUCCAGGAGGAGCUGUGUGGAAUGUCACUUGGCUUCCGAUGACAAGUCACCGGGAGAAUGCAGUGAAAAAUGCAAAUUGGUUGAUGCAACUGUCAGCACCACAAAGGAUUAUUCAGAGGAUAAAUCCAUUCCCUGCUCUUUGCAGGGGGAAAAUGAAUGUAUAACCACAUUUCUACUGGCUGUGGAUGAACAGGGAAGGACAAUCAUUCAUAGCAUAGAACAGAAAGAUUGCCCACAGCUUCCAAAUAUUCCAGUGAUAAUGGUGGGUGUCAUCCUUGCUAUCCUUCUCAUUGGCAUUGUUUUACUUUGUACAUGGAAACUACUGGUGUCAGUUCAGGACCGAAAAGAGGUGGCCAAGUUUGAAGUGGAAAAAUCAAACGUUAAAUGGCAAACGGAAACAAAUCCACUGUACAGAGGCUCAACAACCACUUUUAAGAACGUAACUUACAAGAAUCAAGAAAAGCAAAAAGGGGCCAUGGCUGCCGAUUCCUGUUAGCACCUCCAACACUACAAACUUAGUUUUACUGGAAGGAAAUCUAAAACCACUUGUUUCUUCUCAGCUGAUUAGGUGAUGUUUGUUUACACAUCACAGUGGUAUAACCAUUCUGUCAGAGAAAAUCUAUCUUGUGUUGGCAAAACUAUAGAUAACAUAUGAAUGGUAAAAGUUAGUAGAAAUAUUAAAAAAAAACCACACCAACUUUAAUAUUAAAGCCCUCAAUCUUAAAAAAAAACAAAAUAGCAUCACAAAUAUUUUUAUUUUUUUCAUUAAUAUCGAGGAUUUAAAAUCAUCAUAUGUAUAUUGUAUAGCCUAUUUUGUGAAAUUAGGUAUAUACAAUGAGCUGUAUACUGAAUUCCAAUCCCAUAUAUUUGUAUUAGGGAAUGUAAUUAUACCAGUCUAUUUGGUGGGCUGGAUUAAAUUUUAGAAGAUAAUUUUUUCAGGAAUGCAGCUUAAACUACUGAGGUUAGAGGUUCCUCAUAGCACUUGUGUGACCGAGUAGUCUUUCAUCAGAAACAAGUAGUAUUAUUGCCCAUCUUCUGUGCACCUAAGGUAUACAGAAACAUCUCUCUAAUUCUUCUUUCUUGCUGUGUUUCCCUCUUUCCUUGUCCUUGUUGCUGUUUGAUGUUCUUUAAGAAGCCAGUCCCUGGGGUUUUCUCAGGGAAAGUUAAAUCAAGCCCUCAUUCACUUGCAGAGUUUUCUUCUGUUCCAGACAUAAACUGCUUUUUCUUUUUAAUUUUUUUUUCUUUCUUUCUUUCCUUUAAAUUCCAGUAGAGAGGACCCAGAGCAAAAGAGAAACAAUUGUAGAUUAGAGACCCUGGUAAAGAAACUUUAAACCAGAGGAUUAUCAGAACUCCAUUUCACCCUUUAGGCACUCAAAAUAAACCUUGCAUGCUGGACCAUUACAUGAACAGUUGCAGAAGCCCUUUAGAUGCGGGAAAAGAUCACACACAAAGACUCAGUAUCACACACAAAGACAGUAAUCUUUUGUUGAUAUAACCAAAAUUGUGAGGUUCUUUCAAUGCCCAGCACUCAAACCAUUUAUUCAUGUGUGAAAUAAUGUAUUCAGCUUUUUUUGGGCCAUUUUCUUUUUUUUUUCCAAACUGAGUAACAAACAGAUCUAUGGAUGCCACUUCAUAUUCAUUUCCAAGACAAUAAUGAGCUUUUUAAAUCUCAGUUGUAGCUAGUUACUCCUGACUUGCCAUAAAUUCUUAAAUUGUAAUGCCGUUAUCAUGCAUAGAACCAGGGGAAAAAAAAAACAACAACAAAAUCAGCAAACAUGCUGGCAUGAAAAAUUACAUUAUUGGGCUAUUUUAAACUAACAAUAUGUACUUUACUUUUUAAUACCACUUUUCAUCUGCAUUUUUUAGUACUCUGGAACAGACAGUCAAAAUGUACAUAUGAAUGUACUUACAAAAGAAGACUUCUUAGACAUCAAAGGUACAUUGACACAGUCACAAACUUAUGUACAUUCCCUAUAGUAAAUCAUAUAUUUGAACUAAAAAACUUGAUGUCCAUUUUGUAAUAAAUAUUUACAAAGUCUGUGCAACUUCAGUCUCUAUAUCCUCUACAGUUCCUGGAUGUGAGACUGAUAUAUUAGCUAGCUCUCACCCACGCCUGUUUUAGGGCCUGAUCCAAAGCCUACUGAGUCAAUGGCUACAGAUGAGGAUCUAGUUUCAGUGAAACUAUUAAUUUUGGUUUACAAAGAUUUUUUUUGUUUAAACAAACUGGUUAAUACUGUCUAUUAGUGGAUUAGAACCGAUAGUAUAUAUUUCUGUGCAAAGAUAAACAGUAUCGGAUGCCUUUGGAAAGAAGGUGAUACUAUAACCACAUAUUAAAUACAAAAUUAUUGCAGUGUGAAGGAAAUGAUGGCUGUCAUUAAACUGGAACAGAUUAGUUACAGGUUCACAUCUGUACCCUUCAGUAUUUCUACGUAUCUCAUAGUGGAAACUGUGCAAGGACAAAGGCUUGCAUCCGCAGCACUUGCAACCACUAAGCUCCCACAGAUGUCAGUGCAAGUUACAUGUGGGACCAAAUCCUGUUUUCCUGGCACAUGGAUAAACUGACAGGAGGCAAAAGUGGACCCUGGAUUUCGUCUUGGAUUCCAAUUGGGUCACCAUUGCCUAAGGAACUAGGGAAAUCUGGAUUUAGUUCAUGUAAUCUGUUACUCUUUUGUUUUUCAAGUAGAAGUUAACAAAUAACAAACCUUCUCUGAAAGAAAUUACAAUAUUUUUAUUACUUUUAAAGUAACAAAAAGCUAUACUGUUUAUUAAAUACCUUUUAAGUUCUGUUUCUGAGAAGGCUGAUUCUGCUACUCAAUAUUAGGGUUGAAAGUCCUUCUUCUGUAGGUCACUCAUUUCAAUAUUGAAAUGCAUUUCAGUAUUCAAACAUUAUUAACAAACUGGUGCCCGCAUUUCAUAUCAAACACUUGCUGGUCUACAUUCCCUGAUCCUAGAAGAGAUUUCAUUUCACAAAGCUACCCACUCUCUUCCCAUCAAUUGCACCUUCUCAUCAUGAGCAAAGUUCCAACUUGGUAUGCAGACAAUGUUUACAGUUCAAUUACUCCUUCUAGCAAUCUCUCUCCAAAAUAUCAAAAAUGUACAGAAAUCAGGCAGUAUGUUUUGCGAUUUCACUGCUGUGACUGCCUGUACAGUGAAUGGUCAGGGCACCUUCAAAGAAUUCAUUAGAAGAGAGAAGGGCUUGGUGAGGAAGGUCUCUGUUAUUGAGGGAUAUUAAAGAAGUAGGCUCAUGUAUAUGAGCCAUCCUUUUAACAGCAAUAAUUUAGAUAAUAAAAUUUUACUAAACCCUCAGAUCUCAAGAACUUUCAAGACCCUACUUGGCAUUCACCCUAAAAACAAGAGUGGUGUUCAUCUUAUUUUUAUUGACUAUAUUGCUUUUAUCUUGUAGCAUUUGUACCAAACUUCACCUUCUUUAUUUUUUCCCUCCACCAAAUGAUGAAUGGGUUUGUGUGUGGUGAGUGAGUCUGCUGAUUUCAUGAAUAUUGUUUUGUCCUGAGGCUGGACCUUGAGAGUGGCCAAAACAUUUUUUAAUAGUAAUACUUUUAUUCACUGAAGAGUUAAACUGAAUAAAAUAAUCAUAAGCAAUUUCAUGGUAUUUGUGGAUCUUUUACACCCUGUAGAAUGGUAAUUUCAGUAAUACAUGUUAAACGGAUCAUUUUUCAUUUAAUUUAUAAAAGUUGCAUAUUAACCUGUAUUGUAUGUGUCCAGAUUGCAUUUAACUUUGUUUUGUAAUAUAAUUAGCGGGCAUGGAGCCUGGGAUACACGACUUGGAUGUCAAGGGCAAUACCCUCCAUGUCUUGUCUGCGUUUAUAAAGGAGUUCAAGUUUGGUUUGCAAUAGGCACAAGGGAGUUAUUGCCCCAUAAAACUUAUCACACAAAAUCUAAAAGUAAAAAAAGAGACAAUUUUUAUCGUAGUCUAUCUGAAAGAAACAGGUAAAUGCUCCAGCUUUUUUUCUGUAAAAAAGGAGCUAUCUAACCUUGAAUAAAGAUUGCAAAGUCAAAUGCCUUUUUAAAUGUAUUUUAUUGUUCUUUCUUCAUUUUUCUUUUUGGCAUGUGUCUUUAUCAUUGUUUUCACAUGAUUUGAUGACUCUUAGCAAAUAUAUCGUGCUUUGGCAUACCUUAGACCUUAUAACUCCUCCCCCUGCUUUUUUAAGACAGCACAUGAGAUUUCACAUCUGGAUUUUCUUCUAUUUUUGAUCUUUUUACUUUUUAAGGAAAUGAGUUAAUGAAUGAAUGCUGUAAGCAACCUAUUUCUGGAAUUCUGAUUGAUU